AUAAAAAAGGAGAAUAAACCCUGCGGUUAUCGCAUAUUGUUUACUUAAAUUAUUAUUAUCUGCUGGCUGCUUCUGUUUUCUUCACUUCUCGAAGGUAUUGCACUGAAGCACUGCUAAUGGACAGUAAUUCUGCUUUCUACAUUUGUAUUACUUGAGCAGUAUCCAGAAUAUUGUUAGCACUUACGAUGAACAACGAAACAAAUUCCAUUCUGAAUUCUGUUCAACAUCGCAAAGUUUACUUUGUGACCAAUUGGUCCCUUCUAUCUGCUAAUACCAAUAUAAUGCUGUACUUACCAUCUAAUGUGGAUUUUUAUAAACUUUCGAACCCUUACUGAUUGACAAAAUGAUAAUAAUAACGGUCUGGAUCCAGUGUGGCUCACUCUUGCACCUGUAUAUCACCUCUCUUCUUACAUUCCAUUAACGCAAAAUUUCAUAAUUCCCGCAUGAACCUGAAUCACCAUGAGUAUAUUAAACAUUAUAAUUUAGACUCAAACCAAAAUCUUAUAUUCUAUUCUUAUAAAGUUACUAGAGGUCAUUUUACAAUUUUUAAUUUCAUAAAACAGUGUUCAAUUACAGACUGCACUUGUCUAAUAUGAUCAUGCCUGUACAAACGGCAUAUGAAUCAUGUAAAUGCUUAAUUUAUGUGAAAUAUAUUACACACUAAUUUUAUAUUUCAUAUCCUGUGGUACAUUGUUUAAAAUAUAGAUGCAACUCUGUUCUUUUUAUUUAUCUUUUUUUGAAGUGUUGCUUUUUGAUUUUAAAACCCUAUAAAAUUUGUGAGGUAAUUAGUUGCAAUAUUGUAAUUCAUGCUGAAAAUAAUUUUGGAUUCCAUGUCUUGCCUUCUGUUGUUACAAUCGUCAGUGAGCUUGGUUUCUCAACCCGAAGGUCCCAGUUUCGAUCCCUGACGGUUCAUAGGUGCGCACUGUGAAGAGUCACAAAAUUGAACGAAAUAGCUGUCCAAUGGUUCUUGGUUUUCAGCGAACUCUUUAAGUGAUGUUAGUUCGUGGUGAAAAUCUACCACCUGAAAAAAGUCAGAUGUCAUAAAUUCACAGAUCUGUGUGGCACUCAUGUUCUCCUUCCAAAGUUUGCAAUUGAUCUCACUCUCUUUUCGUACAGAAAUUAAUAUGUCAGACUGAACAAGGAUUAUGUCCUACCAUUCUAACUUUUGAAGAAGCUGUUAAACUGAGAAAGUUGAAAAACCUUGAACACUAUAACCAAUCCCUGUCAAGAGUAUCAUCAUCUAAGUCGAGUACAUAUCAGUCUUGUAAAUCACUCAAUACACGCUUGAAUUCACCAUGGGAAUUAGAAUUACAACGAUUUUUAAUUCAAGGUGGACGUAGAACAACUACACCAUUCUUGCUGCGUAAACCAAAACGGAUUGUACAAAGUGCUGGUUCACGUCUAUUACAAGAGUAUACGGUGAAAGAAAGACAGGCCGAUGAAGAUACUGAAGCCAGAGAUGAUCUUGUAGCAGGUAUGCGUUUUAUUAUCAACCAAGAAGGUGAUCAAGAAAAUGAUGGUGAUGUUGAUGAAUUCUUGAACAUUGAAUUCCACGCAGAUCAUUCUCAUCCAUCUAGACGACAUCUAACCAGUAUUGAUCGGAGUACACUUCGACGAAGAUCUCAGAGAAAGAAAGAAAGUUAUUCUGAAAUUAAUAAUGAUCCAAUAGAGGACACACUUAGCAGUCGUAUGAAUGACAUUCAAAUAAGCAAGAAAGAUGUGAAAGGACAAAGUGAUCAUGCAAGGCAGGAGGACACUUUUUUACGUUCCGCCCAAACUGUUUCAUCACCAACCUCCUCUCUAUCAAGGUUUUCAUCUUGUGAUAACCUCAGUCAUACUGAUGAAUAUUUAGAUGAAACAGAUUCAUCGGAUAAAUUAAAACGAAAUCUAGGAAAGAAAAUUCCUCCGAUAAAAGCUCUAAAGCGUAUACUCAUUGCUGGUCUCCUGUUACGUGCAACACUGAACCUUAUCAGACCAAUACAAGAAUUGAGAGAUGCUAAAUUACGUAGUAAAAAUGCACAAACGUUUGUUGAAUUGCAAAAAGAUAUUGAAGAUAGACUGAGCUCUGAACAACUCGGAUUUAAUAAAUAUGAUUUUAAGAUUAACCGAGAAAAACAUCUUACACAUGAUGCUGUAAAAAUACUCACUAUUCCAAGUAGUUAUCGUACUGAAUCAAUGAUACAUACAGCAUUAGUAGCUGUGACAGCAACUGUUGAAGCUUUCAGUGAAUUUCCCAUAGCUAUGCAAAAUGCAAUUAUACGGAAUGCAUGGUAUGAAAAGUAUGAAGCUAGACGAAUGAUAAUUCGACAAGGUCAACCACCAUUAAAUUUCUAUUUUAUUGUUUCAGGUACAGUUGUUGUGAGUGUAUCCAGAAAGAAUAAACAAACAGGAGAACCUUUUGAAGAGACUGUAUCGAUUUUAAAAGCUGGACAAAGUUUUGGAGAAUUGGCUUUAAUUUAUCGUAGUAAUAGAAGUGCAACAAUAAUAUGUAAAACAUCAGUAGAAUUACUGGUUAUGUCACAAGAUGAAUUUAAUAAAAUCUUUUUACAAAAUUCACAUGAUAAAGAAGCUGAGCACAUUUCAUUUUUACGUACAAUUUCAUUUAUACCAUAUCAAGUAAUCGAUCAGUUAUCUUCAGCUGAUGGUUCCGUUUUAUUAUUCACAUAUUUUCGACGUAAUAUGACAAUAUGUAUGGAUAGUAAUCAAAGCAAUUGGAUCUACAUUGUUAAAACAGGCCAAUGUCGUAUUCUUAAAGGUAUUGAAUUAAAGGCUAAGUGUGGAAACUCAACUAGCGGUAAGGGAGGUAGACCAGAAACUCGUGUUCAGUAUUAUUACUGCAAAUCAAAUAAUAUUAGGAGUAAAAGGUCGAAGAGCACGACUAUUCAAAAUUCACGCAAACAAUCAAAUAGCAAAGAUAAUAAGAUAUUCAUUGAAUUGAAAACAUUGGAACCGAAUAGUGUUUUUGGACUGGAAUCCAUUGUCUUUGAACCAUUCGGUGGGACAACUUCAGUUUCAUUAGUCUCAGAUGGUGCAGAAUGUGUAGCGAUAAGUAAAAAAUUUUUUAUUGAACAUUGUCCAACAAACUUUAUGAAUUGGUUAAGAUCUAAGGUUCAACCCUUUCCUAAAGUUGAAGAAUUAGAAUCAAAGUUAAGCAUUUAUCGUGAAUGGAAGCUUUAUCGAAAUCGUCUACUGGAAGAGAGUACUCAUCAAUUACGUGAUUCGUAAAUCUACCUUAACUGUGGAGUCAUAUUUAUCGUACACAAGACAUAUAUAUAUGUUUAUGAAAUAAUAGUAAAAUGAAGAACUGUUCUUGAGAUGUUCAGCAGCUCUGAAUGUACACGUUUUAUUAUUACUUAUGUGUAUAAUUGAACAGGUGCAUGCUAUACAUGAAUGGAAACAAUCAAUAAAACCCUCGUCAUAGAAAUGUUCUUCCCUUCUGAUUAAUUUUAUCCCACUUUGACUUCAUAAUGAUAAUUUUCAGG